AAAUUAAUGAUCGUGAAUCUUCUCUUUGUGCUUUUUAAAAAAAUUCUUGAAGAUAUUGACAUAAUACCAUCAUCUGUAAAUUCUGAUGCGUCUUGCCCUAUGUUUAAUAUUCUCACACCCAGUCAUAAGGAAGCUUUAGAAGAGUAUUGUCGUCUUCUAUACGAUUUUGGCGAAUUUCAAAGUUGCUUGAACGCAAUCGAUAAAGGUUUGGUCUUCGAUCCAUAUAAUCAGGUGCUAAAUCAAUUAAGAAGCCAGCUCUUGAAAGAUACAUGGGUUAGGUUUUUACUGCCAAGGAGUUAUUACGAAACUGCACCUCCAGUAAGACAUUCAUCUGUUUUGGAAACU